AUGACACAAGAAAGCUGCAAAUACUUGGGCAAGCUUCCACCAAAGCUGCAAGACCCUGGAAGUUUUACCAUUCCUUGUGUAAUAGGAAAUACUUACCAAGGUAAAGCCUUAUGUGACUUAGGGGCAAGCAUCAAUCUCAUGCCUUCCUCAGUUUUCAAACAAUUAGCCACAGGCCCAGCAAAAUCAACAACUGUAACAUUACAGAUGGCGGAUAGAUCCAUUGUCAAGCCUGAAGGAAAAGUCGAAGAUCUAUUGGUCAAGGUAGACAGGUUCAUCUUUCCCGCUGACUUCAUCAUCUUAGACUACGAAGCUGAUGUUGACGUUCCCAUUAUUCUGGGAUGA